UUAAACUGCCCCUCCGGUCUGAUCUGUGGCAGCGCGACGUCAACAGGAAAAAAAGAGGCACGACCGGAGAGAUGACAUUUAAAGAGGGAAGCUGCUUUAGGAAGGGCUAAGGCGGCGUGUUUUCACAGAGGAAAAUGCGGCUGUGAGAGUUGCCAGUGUUUGUUUUGUUUUUGUCGCUUUUUUUGUUUUGUCAGGGGGGGGGACACCUAAGCUCCGACGGAGGGACGCUCCUGACAUUCCCCGCUGCCGCCGACUGCCGUUCAGUUUCUGCCGCAAAGUCCACAGAAAAUGGCAACUGCUCUCAGAGAGCGAAACCCUGGGGGUCGCGGACCUAACCCCCGGAAAGGCCGGAUUUUGGGCAUCAUCGAUGCGAUCCAGGAUGCCGUCGGACCCCCGAAGCAAGCUGUCGCCGACCGCAGGACGGUGGAGAAAACGUGGAAACUCAUGGACAAAGUGGUGAGGCUCUGCCAGAAUCCCAGGUUGCACCUGAAGAACAGCCCACCUUACAUCCUGGAUAUCUUACCUGACACCUACCAGCACCUGCGGCUCGUUCUCAGCAAAUACGAGGAGAGCCAGCGGCUGGCCCAGCUCAGCGAGAACGAGUACUUCAAGAUCUACAUCGACAGCCUGAUGAAGAAAUCGAAGAGAGCCAUCCGCCUUUUCAAGGAAGGCAAGGAGAGGAUGUACGAGGAGCAGUCACAAGACAGGCGGAACCUGACCAAACUGUCCCUGAUCUUCAGCCACAUGCUGGCCGAGAUCAAAGCCAUCUUUCCCGGCGGCCAGUUCCAGGGAGACACCUUCCGCAUCACCAAAGCCGACGCCGCAGAAUUCUGGAGGAGGUUCUUUGACGAAAAGACCGUGGUGCCGUGGAAGGUGUUCCGACAGUGCCUUAGUGAAGUGCAUCCCAUCAGCUCUGGCCUGGAGGCCAUGGCCCUGAAGUCCACCAUCGACCUCACCUGCAACGACUACAUCUCCGUCUUCGAGUUCGACAUCUUCACCAGGCUUUUCCAGCCCUGGGGCUCUAUCCUCCGAAACUGGAACUUCCUGGCUGUGACUCACCCGGGCUACAUGGCCUUCCUGACCUACGACGAGGUGAAGGCGCGUCUCCAAAAGUACAUCAACAAGCCUGGCAGCUACAUCUUCAGGCUGAGCUGCACUCGGCUGGGACAGUGGGCCAUCGGCUACGUCACCAACGACGGGAGCAUCCUGCAGACCAUCCCCCCCAACAAGCCCCUCUUCCAGGCCCUGAUCGACGGCUGCAGGGAAGGCUUCUACCUCUACCCCGACGGGCGGAGUUAUAACCCUGACCUGACCGGCCUGUGUGAGCCCACUCCUUACGACCACAUCAAGGUCACGCAGGAGCAGUAUGAGCUGUACUGUGAGAUGGGCUCCACCUUCCAGCUCUGCAAAAUCUGCGCUGAGAACGAUAAGGACGUCAAAAUCGAGCCCUGCGGCCACCUCAUGUGCACGUCCUGUCUGACGGCGUGGCAGGAGUCUGACGGACAGGGCUGCCCGUUCUGCCGCUGCGAGAUCAAAGGCACCGAGCCCAUCAUCGUGGACCCGUUCGACCCGCGGGACCACAGCACCAAGAGCAUUUUCCUGGACCAUCUCCUGUCCCCCAUGCUGGACCUGGACGACGAUGACGACCGCGAGGACUCCCUCGUCAUGAACGGCCUCGCGUGCAUCAGAAAGUGCACAGACAGGCAGAGCUCACCGGGGAUGUCCCCCACCUCAUCUCCGGUGUCCCAGCGCAAGAGGCCCCCUCUGGAACCCACGAACGCGCAGCACCUGACCCUGCCGCCCGUCCCGCCCCGACUGGACCUCAUUCAGAAGGGCGUGGCCCGCUCCCCCAGUGCCAGCCCUGGCUCCUCCCCCAAGUCCUCUCCUGGGGUGACCAGGAGACAGGACAAACCUCUCCCAGCUCCUCCCCCUCCGCUGAGAGACGCCCCUCCCCCGCCACCCCCCGACAGGCCCCCUCCAGCCCCGCCCGAGGGCCGCUCCUCUUGGUCGCCUCACUCCUCCACGGCCCUGUUCCCUGACCCCCACCUGCCCCCGGAGGCCUGGUAUCCCACAGAGAGUCGGAGGGGGACGGACCGCUCCCCGAAACUGGCCCACGCCACCCCCUCCCUCCCGAACAGACGUCCCAGGAGCUGCUGCUCCACCGACGCGGGCGCCGGGCGAGUGCACGCCUGGCAGGCCGCGCCCACGGACAGCAGCAAGUCCUCCUCCAACGGCCUCCUGACCAGUGAGGAGUACGAUGUCCCCCCUCCGCGGCGGUCCCCUCCCCCAGCCGGCCUGGCCAGCAGCCAGAAGCGUGUCAGCCCGUUCACUAACGCCCCCAUGGAGAGGGCGCCCAGAGGAUCGUCCAAUGUGGACGAAGAUGAGUACCAGGUUCCCUCCUCGCACCUGGUCCUGCAAUCCCAGCAUCCUCUGCCCUGCGGCUCUGUGCACGCCCCCUGCAGAGGUCUGGAGAAUGGUCACUCUGUUCAUGCGUCCUGCGAACUGUCCACCGAGAGGAAGAAGCACAAGGCCCUGGAUCAUGAGGAUCCCUUCAGCACCCCUCCUCCCUCGGACCCUCCGCCCCCUCCCCCGACGCGGCACAGCUUUGUGGACGUGUCCUCAUCCCCCUCCUGUCCCCGCGCCGCCCGGCCCGCGUCGGCCCUCGACCCCGUGCUGCACGGUCCGGACUCCCUCUUUGAGUUAACGAGUGGGGCGGGGCCGAGACCAGCGGCUGACACACGGCCGACGCCCAGCGUCUCCCUGGAGUACGACCGGCUUCCCCCGAUGGCGGACAUGUGGCCAGCACCCAGGCCCGCCCAGGAGUACGACCAGCUGCCCCCCUCUCUGGCUCUGGGGGACGGAGCGCAGGCACCCGCCCGGCCACCCAAACCCAGCGCCCGGAAGUCCCCGCCCGAGGCCCGGCACAGGAGGGCCCGAGAGCGGGUGUCAGCCAGCCAGAACGUGGACGCCAAGAUUGCCAAACUGAUGGGAGAGGGCUACUCCUUCGAGGACGUGAAAAGGGCCCUGAUGAUCGCCCAGAACAAGGUGGACGUGGCUCGGAACAUCCUGCGAGAAUUCGCACUGGUGGCUCCCAGACUGGGCCUCUAGCGUAACGCCCACCGGCACGCCACGCCCACCGGGACACCACACCCAGUGGGAUGCCAUGAUCCACUGGGACACCAGGCCCACUCGAAUGCCACGCCCACUGGAAUGCCAUGCCCACCGGGACACCAGACCCAAUCAGAUGCCACCCCCACUCAGAUACCAUGCCCAAUCUGACACCAUGCCCACUUGGACGCCACAGCCAAUCAGAUGCCACGCCCACUCGGACACCAUGCCCAUUGGGAUGUCACCCCCGCUGGGACGCAAUGCCCAGUCACACAUCACACUCACUCAGACUCCACACCCACUCAAACACCACAGCUACGCCCUCACAGACACAGAAAGAGGUACCCGAAGCUCCGUGCCCCCACCCCAACGGACACAGAACGAGGGACUCGAAGCCAGGAAGUGGAUCAUCACCACUGGGCUUCUGUUCAGGAAGGGUGUAGGGAGCAGGUCACCAUAAAAACAGUGCUUUUAGCAACAACGAAAUCAGGGUGGGACUGAAUACAAUGUUUACUCUUUGGACAUGAAACCUGUGAAAAUGCUGUUUACAGGGAGCGGGGGACUUGCUCGCUGGUGCUGGCUUCUUUUUCCGUCUUUUUUGUUGUUCUCGGAUGGGGAGUGAGUCACCACCCCGCUGCUGCUGCCACUACACGUCUCCCUAGCUGACCAGAGACGUCUCCUGACUGGCAAGGCUAAAUCGUUUUUUA